GCACGCAUACACUCACAUUUCCCGACAUCUUGAACGCCAUGUGAAAUUUCUCCCUCAGUAACUUUCGUCAUUUCGUCGUGCUCAGUUCAGGAAUCCAAAUCCACCGGAAUGGCGGCCAAGAAACUGGGAAUGGACUUUGUGAAGCAGAUGUCCGAGUACGCCAGCGGGUCCAAUGGAUUCGACCGCGUCCUGAGAAUGAUUAAAAUCACAGGCGGUGGAGAUGGUCGCGCAAUAGGGGAGUUCACUGUGGCCAAUGAGCACUUGAAUCGUCAAGGAACUUUGCAUGGUGGUCUCACGGCAACAAUUGUUGAUAAUUGUACCACCUAUGCCCUUAUGUCGAAAGGAUCCCAUCCUGGAGUUACGGCCAACUUGAAUGUGAGCUACAUUGCAGCAGCGAAACCUGGCGAAAUUAUAGAAAUUGAUUGUAAUACCGUGCGGGCCGGUAAGAAAAUGGCCUAUUUGGACUGUAUUCUAAGGCGUAAGUCCGACGGAAAGAUCAUCGCCAAGGGCGGACAGGUCAAGUACAUUCAGUUCGACAAGGAAAAGCUGGACUUUUAAAACAAUUUUUGUAGAUCGUCAGAAAAUGAAAUAAAACCUUUCGAACCUCCUUA